CCGCGCCGUCCUCUCUUCUAUAAAAUGCUCUCUCCGGACCAUUCUGAUUCUAAAAUCAAGCUAUCAUGGCUAGGCUCAAUUCCAGAAACAAAACCCCGAUAUUGCUUUCCGAUGGCUGUGUCUUCUUCGGAGGUGUGGUCGCUGCUGUUUUUGUGGUUUGGGGUUUCUGGUCCUUCAUUGCCCCGUUUCCUGCUAAAAACGCGAACUUUCAGUCCGUCACCAGUAAGUUGAAAUCCCUAAAAGGUCCCGACGGCGCUCUGAGCUGUGCCUCCAGUACUCGUGGUCCUGAUCUCCGACACGACGCCCCGGAAAAAACCUUCUACGAUGACCCCGAAAUGGGGUACUCACUGGACAAUCCGAUGAAGAACUGGGACGACAAACGGAAGGAGUGGCUGUCGCUUCAUCCGUCGUUCAUCCAGGGAUUGCAAGAGAGGAUUCUUAUUGUGACGGGAUCUCAGCCGUUUCCUUGUCAGAAUCCGAUCGGCGAUCACCUGCUCCUGAGGUUCUUCAAGAACAAAGUGGAUUACUGCCGUGUCCACGGGUACAACAUCUUCUACAACAACGUGCUGCUUCAUCCGAAGAUGGAAACGUACUGGUCCAAGUAUCCGAUGAUAAAAGCCGCGAUGCUGGCCCAUCCGGAGGCCGAGUGGAUCUGGUGGGUCGACUCGGAUGCCAUGUUCACGGACAUGGAUUUCAAGCUCCCAUUGCGCCGUUACAAGGAUCACAACCUUAUGAUUCAAGGGUGGCCCACUCUGAUACAAGAAGAGAAAAGCUCGAUGGGUCUAAACGCCGGCGUGUUCCUGAUUAGAAACUGCCAGUGGUCGUUGGAUUUCAUGGACGUGUGGACGAGCAUGGGCCCACAGUCACCGGACUACAAAAAGUGGGGCGAGAUACAGAGAAACACCUUCAAGGACAAGAAUUACCCGGAGUCCGAUGAUCAGGCAGGGCUGGCUUACUUGAUCGGGGAAGAGAAAGAGAAAUGGGGGAACAAGAUUUACUUAGAAACAGAGUACGCGUUCUCGGGGUACUGGGAGAAUCUGGUAGGGACGUUUGAGAAUAUUUCAGAGAAAUACAAUGAAGUAGAGAGAGAGGAGACGAGGCUGAGGAGGAGGCAUGCAGAGAUGGUGAGUGAGAGUUACGGUGCGGCGAGGGUGGCGAAACUGAAAGACGCGAGCUGGAAGAGGCCGUUCAUAACACACUUCACGGGCUGCCAACCUUGCAAUGGGAAUCACGAUGAGAGGUAUUCAGGGGACGCUUGUUGGGAUGGAAUGAAGAAGGCUCUGAAUUUUGCUGAUAAUCAGGUGCUGCGUAACUACGGUUUCGUGCAUCCCGAUCUGCUGGAUAACUCCGUUUCUCCUACCCCUUUCGAUUACCCUGCCUGACACCCUCAUUAGGAUUAGAGGAGCCGCGUAACGAGCCACCGAGGUACGAGCGUGAGAUGGGCAUGGGAAUUAAUACUAUCGUUAAGGUUAUAUGUAUGUCAAUACCCCUAGAUUGAUUCCCUUUUAGGGUUGCUCUUCGUUUAUCAUAUUGUACCCAAAACAAUGUUCAUGUUAUGUCGUUCCCUUCUCUAUCCUGACUGGUUGAAAUGGCUCUCUGGACAUGUUAGAUGCAUAGCAAUAUAAUUAUUUGCGUUUUAUGA